UUACUCCUAGUCAUUAUCAGCAUCCAUUUAUGUAUAAUCGUUAUAUCUAUAUCAAUAUACUAAGUUGAAUAAAGAUGAAAAAAUAAUGACUAGGAGUCAUUAUUCAGGACAAGUUUUCCUAAAAAAAUAACCUGAUCAUAUAUUGAUAUAGCCGCCAGCAUCCAUUUAUGUAUAAUCGUUAUAUCUAUAUCAAUAUUAAUAUACUAAGUUGAAUAAAGAUAAAAAAAAAAUAAAGGAAAAAAAUGAAGCCAUUAUCAGCAGAGUGCCAAAAUCAAGAAAAUGCGGCAUUUUUAGGAAAAUUUGCCCUGAAUAAUGACUCUAGUCAUUAUCAGCAGCCAUUUACGUAUCAUUGUUAUAUCUAUAUAUAUUUGUCACUUUCCAGACGAGAAACCAAACCCAAGAAAGCCACGACGGUAAACUUCACCUUCACCACCAUGUGCACGUUAGAAAAGAUGGGCGGGAUCUUCCUCCUAACCCUAACCGGAGUCGACGAGCACCGGCUCAACCCGGCCGUCAUCGGCUCGCUCCGUUCGUCCCUUCGACAGGUCAAGGACCAGUCCACUCGCGGCUCGGUCCUCGUCACCAGGAAUCAAGGCAAGUUCUUCUCCAACGGCUUCGACCUCACGUGGGCCAAGUCCUCCGCUGCGUUCAGCGGAGGAUCCGCGUACGACCAGUUGUUUAACUUGUCGGAGCUUUUCAGGCCGCUGGUGGCGGACUUCGUGUCGCUGCCAAUGCCGACGAUCGCCGCUGUGACAGGACAUGCCGCCGCCGCCGGGAUGAUGCUGGUGUCGAGCCAUGAUUAUGUUUUGAUGAGGAGCGAUCGAGGGGUGCUGUAUAUGAGCGAGCUGGACAUGGGUAAGUGUCCGCUUAGGGUUGGGCUCGUGUCGUUCGCUGGCUAGCUCACUGUUUUUUUUUU